UACGAGCAGCACCAAGUCAAAUGACCCUUCUCUCCUCUCCCUCUCACGCAGUUCACACACUCCCGACUCCUCUCCUCCGUUCUCUUCUCUGCACAUCCAAGCAAAACCUAAGCAAGCAAGGGAGCAAUUCGCCCAGGCUCGCAUGGCUAACCUCCUGCACCUGCCGGACUUCGCGGCGGCGGCCAGGCCGCCCGCGGCAUGCUCCGCGCGGAGGAGGGGGAGGGUCGUGGCGGCGGCGGCCCGCGGGCGCGUGAAGCAGCAGGAGGAGGCGGGGAAGGGGAAGGGGCGGGUGAUCAGGGUCGCGGACCCCGUGCGGGAGGGGAGGCUGCCGCUGCAGCCGCCGCCGCCCCUCUUCUCCGUGCCGGUAACGCCGGCGCCCGAGGCGCCUGAGUCACCGGCGGCGACCGGGCGGCGCGACGACGACGAGGAGGAGAGGCGGAGGUACUACCUCAACCUGGGCUACGCGAUCCGGACGCUCAGGGAGGAAAUCCCCAACGUCUUCUACAAGGAGCCCAGCUUCGAUAUCUACAGAGAUGAUAUUGUCUUCAGAGACCCUUUCAAUAAAUUUGAGGGCAUCGACAAUUAUAGAAGUUUAUUCUGGGCAUUGCGCAUUACUGGCCGGAUCUUCUUCAAAGCAUUAUGGAUUGAUAUAGUCAGUAUAUGGCAGCCGGCUGAGAAUCUUAUUAUGAUUCGCUGGAUUGCCCAUGGCAUUCCUCGAGUCCCAUGGGAUGGCCAUGGCCGCUUUGAUGGUGCCUCUGUUUACAAACUUGACAGGAAUGGCAAGAUCUAUGAGCAUAAGGUGCAUAACAUUGCUACGAACCCACCAACAAAAUUCAAGGGCCUGUCUGUCGAAGAGCUAAUCAGAACACUUAGCUGUCCAUCCACUCCAAAACCAACUUAUUUUGAGGCUUCAUCUCAAUCUUUGAUUGAUGCGCCAUUUCAUUCGAGAUUGACAUGGAUCAGACACUACCUUUCGUUGUGCCAUACACUUUCCCUAGCAAAUGUGGGAAAAGGAUAGCGUGGUUUUAGCAUGAGGCUUACAAAGUUUUGGCUUAUUCGUUGUAUUGUAGUGUACCAUGUGAUUAAGUAGUACUGAAUCAUACUGACGUAUAUAUGUACAUUGAUAAAUUUUAUACAGAAUAAAGUUGCUCUUAGUCGAGCUAUAUAAGCUGUA